AUUCCAAUUGGGGAAGCUCCCAUUCCAGCAAAAGAAGGAGAUCAAUUACACUUAGACAUAUACUAUGCCCAAAACCUAACAUUCAUAACUUGUAUAGAUUCUUAUUCCAAAUACUUGGUGGUCAAGGAAAUUCAAAGUAAACUAAACAUUGAAAAUAAGGUAAUGGAAAUUUUACAACACUUUCCGCUAGCAACAUCAUUAAUGACUGACAACGAACCAAGCUUUACUUCAGCACAAUUUAGAUCAUUCAUACAAAGAAGUAACUUAACUAUUUAUUAUGCUGAUCCCAGACACAGCACCUCAAAUGGUCAGGUAGAAAGGGUACAUUCCACACUAACAGAAAUAGCGCGGUGCAUCAAGGAUGAACUAAAUCUAACAGAUUAUUCAGAAAUAAUAAUAAGGGCGGCAUUGAAAUAUAACCUGACGAUACAUUCAACGACCAAUCAAAUGCCAUAUGACAUAUUGUAUAACAAAACAGAACACAAACAUAAUCCAAUAUUACUUAAGGAAGCUCAGACCAAAAUGCUUAAGAUACAUAACAAAGAUAGAAGAGAAAAAGAUUAUAAAAUAGGAGAAGUAGUCUAUGAAAAGAAAUUCGGGGAAAGAAAUAAACUUCAAUCCCGAUACAAAAAGCAGAAAAUGUAUGCGAAUAUACUAAUACUGACUUUUGUUAUAUUGACGACUGCGGAAGUAAUUGACUAUACGCAUAGUGACUAUCUAUUGCUCAAAGACGACAGAGACGUUUACACUUAUGAAACAUACGCUGAACUUUUCCAUAUUACUAAUUUGAGUUUUUAUAGAGAGAUAAUUGAUAAAGAAUCCAAAUAUGUCAACAAAUCAAUUAAUUCAGACGAUGAGUGGGAAAUAUCAAUGGACUUAAGUCUAUUAAAAUUAAUGAUUUCAGAAUUAGUUCCAAAACGGAAAGAAAGGGGAAUAAAUGAAUUAGGUACCAUUUGGAAAUGGAUAGCAGGCAGCCCUGAUCAUGACGACUUUUUGAAAAUACAAAAUAAAGUAAAUGAAUUAACUGAAAAUAAUAAUAAACAAUUUGUAAUAAAUUCCAAAUUUUUCAAAGAAAUUGAAUUGCUAUCAAAUUCAUUAAAGAAUGUCGUCUUCAAUGAAGAAACGAUACUGAGAAAGCAUCGUUUAAAAUUAAUAACUUUUGACCUACUAAAUUUAGUUGAUACCAUAACCCUCUUAAAAGUAAACAUUUUCAAUACAAAAAUUUUAAAUAAAAACGAAAUAGAGGACAUUUAUAAGCAUGAAAAACAUAAUGUUGAACUGUCUGAUCUGUUGGACAUUGCAACGGUUAAAAUAAUUCGAAAUGCAGAUUUAAUAAUCAUUUACAUAAAAUACCCUCAAAUUAAAGAUAUUUGCAAGUUUUACCAUGCAAGAGCCAUCUCACAAAAUGAUGGAAUGUUAGUUAUAAGUGAAAAAGUUUGUGAAUGUAAGGAGAAAUACUAUUUAAUGAAUAAUUUUAAAAGUGAAACUUUUAACAAUUACGCACAAAUAAAUUUAAAGAGUACCUGUUUCACCAAUUUACUUAAUGGCUUUAAAGCCAACUGCACUAAAAAAAGGGAAAAAAACAAAGAAAUAGACAUCAUUCAGGAUGGUGCCAUAUUAGUUUCAGGCAAAAAUAUCGUAGACAAUACUACUUUGUUAGGAUCGUAUCUCCUUAUAUUCAACAACACAAUUGUAAUAAAUAAUAUAACCCACAUAAAUGAUAAGGGUAAAAUUCUAAAAUAUAUAUCGCAUCAUAGAUAUAGCGAUUUUGAAUUAGUCGAUUAUAUACAAUCGAAUGAUAAGCAAUUUUCUUUUGAUAAUGUUAAUAUUUUAAAUCCCCUUAUAACAUUAGGUAAUACGGCCUUACCAUUAACAACAUUAUUUUUAAUCAUUUUGAUAUUGUUAAUGUUAUUUUACUUCGGCUAUAAAUUAACCAAAUUUGUACUUAUUAAAUCAAUAAGAAUACCGUCAGAAGAAAUAGUGGAAAGCAACAUUCAAAUACUGUCAGAAGAAAUUAGAGCUCUAUCAGAACUUCAAAAUGUAUCGGGACGAAACAUUUAAGAAUGGGGGGAGUUAACGUACCCAAUUCCAUUGAGCUCUUAUACGAGUUGUAAACAAUCUUUGGCUUUCCAAAACGAAAACAAUUUCAAUCUUGGGCCUCCGCCUAAUUGAUUUCUAAGAUGUACAAUCUCAAGCGCCCCCGCCGCAAUCCCAAUCUUUGACACUCGCCUAAAUGGAAAACCAAUGUUUG